AUGAUCACUGACGUGCAGCUCUCCAUAUUCGCCAACAUGCUGGGCAUGUCGCUUUUCUUGCUUGUCGUUCUCUGUCACUACGUGGCCAUCAGCAGUCCCAAGAAACAGGAAUGA